CAUUCUACCACACAAAAGAUGAUGCUCAAAAUUUUGAUUCUAAUUUGCAUUUUUUUACAAAAAAAUGUAUUAGCUUCAAAACAUAAUGUUAUAGACUUUCUUGAUUGCCUAACCCUUCAUUCAAAUACCUCAAAUUUGAUCACAAAAAUUGUCUACACUCCACAAAAUGCUUCAUAUUCAUUUGUUCUGAAUGCAAAUGUUAGAAACUUAAGGUUCAAUACGUCCUCUGCCCCGAAACCUCUAGCCAUUGUCACAGCAUCAGACAAAUCCCAUGUCCAAGCAACUAUUUUGUGUGCUAAGGCACAUGGCCUAGAGAUGAGAAUCCGGAGUGGAGGCCAUGAUUUUGAAGGCCUCUCCUAUAGAUCCCCGAACCCAUUUAUAAUACUCGAUCUUUUCAACCUUCGAUCAAUUGAUAUUGAUCUAGGGAGUGACACUGCUUGGGUUCAAGCUGGGGCAACGCUUGGUGAACUUUACUACAGCAUAGCGAAAAUAAGCAAUACGCGUGCUUUCCCUGGAGGUGUGUGCACAUCUGUUGCGGUGGGUGGCCAUUUCUCUGGAGGUGGUUAUGGUAAUAUGCUUAGGAAAUUCGGGUUGACAGUUGAUCACAUCAUUGAUGCAGAAAUAGUGGAUGUUAACGGUGUAAUUCUUAACCGGAAAACUAUGGGGGAAGACCUGUUUUGGGCUAUUAGAGGUGGUGGGGCUGCUAGUUUUUGUGUUGUAUUAGCAUGGAAGAUUAGAUUAGUCCAAGUUCCAGAGAUAGUAACCACCUUUGUUGUAGGAAAGACCUUAGAGGAAGGGGGAGGCGGCAUUUUCGAUCAAUGGCAGCAUGUUGCACACAAUUUAGAUCCAAACUUGUUUAUAAGAACUGAAGCUAUUUAUAACCGGUCACAUAAAAGCGAAAGCACCAACAAGACGUUGCAAAUUUCGUUCUUAGGAUUGUAUCUAGGACGGUCCAAAGACCUUAUUCAGCUCGUAAGUAAGGAUUUUCCUCUGCUAGGCUUAAAGAAAGACGAUUGCAGUGAGAUGAGUUGGGUGGAAUCAACUAUAAACUACUACGGUUUACCUAUGAAUUCUUCCCUAGAGAUUUUGCUAGAUCGAGCUCCACCAGGCGGUUUGACGUAUGAUAAGCACAAGUCGGAUUAUGUAAAAGAGCCAAUUCCUAAGGUUGGAUUAGAUAAAUUAUGGGAAAAGAUAGUUGAAGUAGAGCAUCUAAAAUUGCAAAUAAAUCCUUACGGUGGUAAAAUGAGCCAAAUUUCAGAGACCGCGACACCCUUCCCUCACAGGAAAGGAAACCUCUUCAAGAUUCAAUACCUUUCUUCCUGGAAACAUAACUCAAGGGAGAUAACUCGUCGAUAUAUUGAAGCAACGAAUGAGGUUUACAGGUUUAUGACUCCAUAUGUAUCGAAAAACCCGAGGGAGGCCUUUCUAAACUACAGGGAUAUUGAUAUUGGAUAUAAUGCAAACAAUAGCUUAGCUUUUGCUACUGCAUACUUUAAAGGAAACCUCCGGCGAUUGUUGAGAGUAAAGGCUAAGGUUGAUCCCGGCAACUUCUUUAGGUUCGAGCAAAGUAUUCCUGUUUUGGCUAGCUACAAACACACCAGUUUAAUACAUCAGUCUAAUGUAACACAGUGAAAUUAUUGUUUGUAUUUCAUAGUUGUUUCACAAUUCAGAGAAAUGGAAUAAUACUAUCAAUAUAUGAUCGAUAUAGUUAAUCAUACAUAA